GCAAAACAAAUAAUAAAUUUAUUACUUUUUAAUAAUUUCUAUCCAAUGAUAUCAUACCGACGAGUUCAAAAAGAAAGCGACGAUUUAUUGGGUAUAGAGUUUGGUCACUCGUUAUGGUCCGCGAAUCAGUUGCUAGCGCAAGGGUAUAAUAAUUUCUAUCCAGCGAUAUCAUACCGACAUGAAUUUAAAAAGAAAGCGAAUUAUUGUAUACGGUUUGGUCACUCGUUAUGGUCCGCAAAUCAGUUGCAAAACGAAUAAUAUUAAAAAUUUAUUAUUUGUUAGUUCUAUUUCUAUUCAGUGAUAUUAUUCUGACGAAUUCAAAAAGAAAGCGACGAAUUAUUGUAUACGAUUUGGUCACUCGUUAUGGUCCGCGAAUCAGUUACCAACGCAAGAGAUUAGAGGUUAGUGAUGUGCCACGCACGUUCGAGAACUUUUGUCCCAAAAUUGCUAUAUUUUCUCAGUUUUAAGUAUAUUUAAACAUAACCCAGGUAAAACGAAUAAUUUUAAAAAUUUAUUAUUUAUUAGUUCUAUUUCUAUCCAGUGAUAUCAUAUCAACGAGUUUAG